AUGGUCACAAAGGUCUUUCACAGAAAAUUGACAAGUCAGCCCCCAUUGGCGGUCAAAGCUGAAGGUCCAUACAUCUAUCUUGAAGACGGGUCCAAAAUCUUGGAUGCCGUUGGAGGUGCUGCUGUUACUUCUGUCGGUCACUCCAAUAAAGAAAUUAUCGAUGCUAUCACUCAACAGCUCAACACUUUGCAAUACGCUCAUUCUUCCGCCUACACUUCUGACUCCGCUGAAAAAUUGGCAGAGAUUAUUUUAGAACAUCCUAGAUACGCCGAGCUUGGGUUUGAUAAAGCUUGUUUUUACAAUUCUGGAUCAGAAGCCAACGAAACCGCUCUCAAGUUGGCCAGACAAUACACCGUCGAAAGAGGCCAACCCCAAAGAAUCAAUAUCAUUUCCAGAGACAGAUCGUAUCAUGGUAACUCAUUUGGUGCCAUGUCUCUUAGUGGUCAUAAAAUCAGAAUGAGAGACUACAAAGCAAUGUUCGAUGAAAGAAGAUUUCAUAAAGUUAGCACCCCAUUCAGCUUCCAUCUCAAGGAAAAAGACGAAACUGAAGAACAAUAUUGUGCCAGAUUGAUUAAAGAACUUGAUGAUAAAUUCCAAGAAAUCGGCCCUGAUACCGUGUUGGCCUUUUUCGCCGAAACCAUGAGCGGUAGUACUUGUGGUUGUGCUUUACCACCCCUUGGUUAUUUUGAAGGGGUCAAGGCCGUUUGUGAAAAAUAUGGGGCCUUAUUGGUCACUGACGAAGUCAUGUGCGGUUCAGGUAGAUUGGGAUCCUUUUUCGCUUGGGAGCAAUUGGCCGACGAAGCUGACUGGCAUAAACUCUCUCCACACAUUUCCACUUUUGGUAAGUCCAUUGGUAGUGGGUAUCUUCCAUUAUCUGGCCUUGUGGUGCACAAAGAUAUUGCCGAUUGUCUUGAAAAAGGUAGUGGGAAUUUCAUGAGUCGUCAAACCUACCAAGCCCACCCAACCGCUUGUGCUGCCGGCUACGCGGUUCAAAAAUACGUUAAAACCAAUAACCUUUAUGACAACAUUCAGAAAAUGGCGAAAAGAUUGGAACAAGGGUUGCAAGAAAGCAUUGGUGGGAUGGAAAGUGUCGCCGACAUUAGAGGGAAAGGGAUGUUUUGGGCGGUGGAAUUCAUGAAGGAUAAAGAAAACGGUAUUCCUUAUGAUCCAUCCUUGAAUUUUGUCGAUGUUCUUACAGAAAAUGCCUGGAAGAACGGUCUUGGGAUCAUGCCUUGUCAUGGUACUAUUGAUGGGGAAGCUGGUGAACAUAUCAUUUUGGCACCAAACUUCAACGUCGAUGCGCAAACUAUCGAUGAGAUUGUGUCCCUUUUGAAGAAGUCGCUUAUCGAAACUGAGGCAGAAUUUAAAUAG